AUGCUACCGCCAGCUCCGACUCGCCUGGGACUUGUUCUGCUUUUGCUCUGUCCCGCCGACGUGGGCGGGCUCUGGUGGGCUGUGGGGAGCCCCCUGGUCAUGGACCCCACCAGCAUCUGCCGGAAGGCUCGGCGGCUAGCAGGACGGCAAGCAGAACUGUGUCAGGCUGAGCCUGAGCUGGUGGCGGAGCUGGCACGGGGUGCCCGGCUAGGUGUAAGGGAGUGCCAGUUCCAGUUCCGAUUCCGACGCUGGAACUGUUCCAGCCACAGCAAGGCCUUUGGGCGAAUCCUGCAGCAGGAUAUCCGGGAGACAGCCUUCGUCUUUGCCAUCACAGCAGCUGGGGCCAGCCAUGCAGUGACCCAGGCCUGCUCUAUGGGAGAGCUGCUGCAGUGUGGCUGCCAAGCCCCCCGUGGACGAGCCCCACCCCGGCCCCCUGGGCUCCCCAACCUCUCUGGGACUCCAGGGCCUCCGGGCCCUGGGAGUUCCUUGGAUGGCAAUGCAGCCUGGGAGUGGGGGGGCUGUGGGGACGACGUGGACUUUGGGGAUGAGAAGUCUCGGCUCUUCAUGGAUGCCCGGCACAAGCGGGGCCGAGGUGAUAUCCGGGCAUUGGUGCAGCUACACAACAAUGAGGCUGGAAGGCUGGCGGUGCGGAGUCACACGCGCACGGAAUGUAAGUGCCACGGCCUCUCCGGCUCCUGUGCCCUGCGUACCUGCUGGCAGAAGCUGCCCCCGUUCCGGGAGGUGGGAGCCCGGCUGUUGGAGCGCUUCCACGGCGCCUCCAGAGUCAUGGGGACCAACGACGGCAAAGCCUUGCUGCCGGCUGGUCACACCCUCAAGCCCCCCGACCGCGCCGACCUGCUCUACGCCGCCGACUCGCCCGACUUCUGCUCGGCCAACAGGCGGACGGGCUCCCCGGGCACGCGGGGCCGCGCCUGCAACAGCAGCGCCCUGGACCUGAGCGGCUGCGACCUGCUGUGCUGCGGCCGGGGACACCGUCAAGAGAGCGUGCAGCUUGAAGAGAACUGUUUCUGCCGCUUCCACUGGUGCUGUGUGGUGCAGUGUCACCGCUGUCGCGUGCGCAAAGAACUCAGCCUCUGCCUCUGA